UGAACCCAAACCAACUCACCUGUCUUAGUUGUCUCUCGACUAUCAAUCUAACCACAAGGACUGCAACUCUCUUACCGUUACUUCAUUCAUUAUACAUUAAUAUUGCAUGUUUUUGUAUCCUAAAUAUGAAAUAAAACUGUGAAUUACUUCAAUUAAUGAUUAAAUUAACUCUAUCCAAUGUGUCCUCUAUCAACUUCAAUUUCACGGUGAAUGGUUGUCUCUUCUAGCGUCUUUUUUUACAUGGAUAUUUAGUGUUUGGAUGAAUAUCUAUUCAGUAAUAUUGUUGUAACUAUUGAUUCUCAUUGAUUUGGACUCACCGAUUAAUUACAAUUGUGAUAAACUGUUUUUUAAAGUGAAUCUUCUACUCACCAAAAAGGCAUCUAAUUGGUGCCCAGAGACAUCAAUUAAACCUGACUACUCUACUAGAUCAUUUUUACCUCAAACUGUUGCUCGUUUAACUAUCUGUUAUUUAUUGGUUUUAAUUAUGUUUCAAAUUUUGAUUCUUCUUUUACUCGCUCUUCUUAAUUUUCAUAGUACAUACGGACAGCACCAUGCAUCACAUUAUUAUGGCAAAUAUCUUGGAAGUUUAUCACCAAACUCGGUUCAUUCCGUAAAAGGAAAAGUUUAUGCAGUCAAUGAAACUGCCAUUUUCAUCGAAGACUUUUCUUAUGAUGGAGCUGGGCCAGAUGCAUACUUUUGGGCUGGUUCUUCACCAUCGCCAGAUAUAAAUGGCUUCAUCAUUCCCGACUCACUUGGAAGAUAUGCUGUUCUUAAAGGAUAUUCAAAUCAAAAUGUGUUGCUCAAUUUACCUAAAGGAAGGACCCUCCAGUCAAUCCGUUGGAUUUCAAUUUGGUGUCGAAGUUUCACUGCUGAUUUUGGUCAUAUUAAAAUUCCUGCCAACUUUGAUCCUCCAAAACCUAUUAACCUUGGACCCAUUAAAGGUUUAGCUCAUGGAGUUAGUGCUUCAGCUGUAAUUAUCAUGGAUGCUAAAACAUUGUUUAUUAAAAAUCUUUACUAUGAUGGAGCAGCUCCAGAUGCCUUCUUCUUGGUUGGAACUGGUAACAAGCCUCAUCCACGAGGUCAAAAGGUACCAGAUGAAACAAACAGUCUAGAGAAACUUCAUGGCUAUUCUGGUGCAGACAUUUGGCUGCGAUUACCAAGAGGACUCACAGUUAUGGACAUUGAUUGGUUUGGACUUUAUUGUAUUACCUAUCGUGAAGAUUUUGGCAACGUCAGGGUUCCUAAAAAUUUGAAUGUUCCUCCUGAUUAUGUGUUCCUUGAAAGCAAAGUUGAACCUUUCAUGAGCUGUCUAACAAUCUUUCCAGGAUUGAUGCAAAUCAGUUGGGAAGUAAGAGAUCAAGAAAUAUUUUUCCAACUCGAAGGCAAAGUUGAACCUAAUCAAUACUUGGCCUUUGGUUUGAGUGGAAGCUCGGAGCGACCUGAAAUGAUUGGUGCUGAUGUAGCGGUUACCUUUUAUGAUACGUUAACAAGCUCAGUUCAAGUUGUUGAUUAUACAUUGAAGCAUAAAUCUCAGUGUGCACCACAAUCAUAUAGUGGAGCUUGUCCUGAUGAUUUAACUCUUGGUGGUCGUCAAGAUUUAAUCAUGAUCUCUGGUAACUAUCUUAAUGGCUAUCUUAAAUCUAUUUACAAACGAAACAUAAUUACUGGUGAUCCCAAUGCCGAUCAAGAUAUACUGCCUGAUGAAUACGCAACUAUCGUGGCUGCGAUUGGACCAGUUAACUCUCGACGUCAAGCAGCUUAUCAUAACAUUAAAUAUACUCGAGCUAAUGAUUUACCAAUACGAAUUGCCUUUAACAAAAUUCCCUUGAAUCGAAACUGUUCAUCUUUAAAUACGGACAAUGUUAUAUCAAGUAGUAUACGAUCACCCAUCAAAUCACGAGCCUGGAAACAAGAAAAAAUAAGAGACACUAACAUUUUACGAGCACAAAUUGGACCUGCUGGAGGUGAUCGAGGAUACACAGCAAUUACUGGUCUACAGUCUUGGGGAAUUGCAUGGUGGGUCAAUGGAAAGUUGAUUCCUGAAAUUGUUGUUCAACGAGGUAAAAAUUAUACAUUCAUUGUUGAAGGAGGCAAUGAUCCAUCCAAUCAAGCUCAAUACCAUCCACUGUACAUUACUGAUAAUCGGGAAGGUGGAGGAGGUCAAGAUCCAUCCAUGUUAGAUACACCAGGUCAUAGAGUAUUUGCUGGUGUCUCGUUUAACCGAGGUGUACCCGAUCCUAAUCCUGGUGCUGGACGAUAUUGUGAAUGGAAACAUCGAUCUGGAAUUGAUAGAGCCAAUGAAGUUGACUCGGUGGAGGAAUAUAAAGAAACACUCCGUUUAGACUGUAAACCUGGAAGUCCUGCUAUUUUUACAUGGACACCAGACGACAAAACUCCAGAUGUUGUAUAUUACCAGUGUUAUACUCAUCGGAAUCUUGGAUGGAAAAUUUUAGUUAGCUCAAGCUUCAAAUUAACUUACAGUUUAAAUCUUAUUGCCAUCCUCAUUUCAUUAUUACUACUGCUUUGAUUGUCAAAUUCGUAAUGAUUUUUUGAAUAGAGAAAAAAGCUAAAUCAAUUUUUGUUUUUUAUUUAAAUUAAUAUGGAUCAAUCUGAAUACGCAAUCAACUAUGUACAUUUUUAUUCCAUUGAAAAAUUAUGAAAAAAAUAUGAUCAACGAUCAGAAGGACAGUACAAGCUGAAACCAAGAAUAUGAAACGUAUUAUAAACAUCAGCUAACAUUAAUACUGUAAAUAAUUGACCGAGAAAUACAUCCUCAUAUUAUAUCUACAAAUUGGAAUGAAUACAAUAAUGGAAUCAAAAUAAUAGGAAAAAAUAUGAACCUUUUCAUCGUUUAAAUCAACUAAUCCUUUAAAGACAAGUCAAGAAGAAGAUACAAGUGGAAAGAUGAUAAUAAAAGAUCAAAUUGUGAGCCGAACCGAAUGAAGAAGCUAAAAUUAUGACUAAAACCCAUUGGAUUCGCUUCAAGUAACUAUGUUAUUUGAUGUUGUGCUCAGCAAAAGGAUCUUGAAUAUUUGUCUCAAGGGAAUGGUCAUUUCAAUGAUAAACAGACCGUCGCAACCAAGUAUCAUUAUUUUAAUCAUCACCUUCACCAUUUUAAUCACCAUUAUCAUCAUCAUCAUCAUCGCCAUCAUCAGUAUCACCGUUACCAUCAUUCACAUCCUUCAGUUUCAACGGUUUCUUCAACUAUUUUCUUAAAACUCAUGCCAAAUAGGAAAUCAAAGCUCAUUGGAAAGCAACAAUUUUUUGGAACAAAAAAUUCAAAUGAAUUCAAUUUAUAUUUUACAUUUCAUCUGUAAAUGAUCGGAAAAAAGUUGCGAUUUGAACGGAUGCGAUAAGGAUUGACAAAAAGGAUCUUCAUUUCCCGGUAUCAACAAAAUCACCAAAAAUUGUCAAAAUUAACAUUUUAUCUGAUUCAAUGAAUUGUUUCUGUUUAAGAAAACAUCCGUUGUUAUCUUAAUUUAAAUGUCCAAAUGUUCAUCAACCUUUCCAGCAAAUAAAUAUCAAAUGAAGGAGAAAGACAACAUUUAAUUGUAAUCUAAAUUAACUUCAGAUGCUUCUGAAUUGCUCUAUUUUGUAACAAUUUGUAAAUGUUGAUUGAUAAAGAUAUGUCAACAAAUGAA